CCUUUACUUUUAAAUAGUGAUUACUAUAAGGAUCUCUAGAAGAGCGUCAUAUGCAUUGUUAGAUCGUGAUUUUUUUCCCUGAGCUAUAAGUUUCGCCCGGACCCUCUAUGUGAUAUCGUACGUUCUUUAUGAUUUCAUAAUAUAUUUUGGACAUUCGAGAUCACGAUCCUUGAAUUCACCACGAAAGAAUUCAAAAUAUCGGAAGUGAAUUACAUAUUGCACCAUAAGGACAACCACCGAGUCAGCUGCGCACGUUCACCGACCUGCCGCACGAGGCGCAAGAUCAGCAUAACACGACUUUACCUAACUAAUGCAAUUCUAUUAGCACGCACUCUUGAUUCAGACUUCGAACAAUUGUCAUCGCACUUAGGCUAUAAUUUUUGUAUCUUUGAUUUUAAUUAAAUUAGUAAUAAAAGUUUUUGGUUUUUUUUCGGACCUCCGAUUGUAGCUAUCGUAAUUGGCGCAGUCGGUAGGAUACUCGCGGGUCGAAUUCGCGAAUAUUUCGGGUUCUCUAAAAAUCGAGACCGCGCGUUCGCGAGCCACCCGGGUUGGCUAUCAAGCACCGCUGCCGAGUAUCCAGAAUCUACGAGCUGCAAACCGGAGGCGAAUCCAGCUAUCGAUUCCCGUGAAGGACCAAGAAUGAAGCAUAUAGUUCUUUUGCUGCUGACAAUUCCCCUGAUGCAGGGCUCGGAGAUAAAACUUGAGAGCCUAGAUGAUGGACCCGGAGUUCUGCCCUACAAACUUGGACCCAUGCGACUUACGACUCAUUACCAUACCUACCUGCAAUAUAUACAACUUGACGAAAUAAAAGAUAAAAUUAGUUUAACCUUUGGACAGCUACAGAUAUGCAAAGCUAGACUAGUUAACGACACGUACCUUUUAUAUGAAAAUCAAAUAAUAUAUCUAGUAAAUAAAUUACAGAAAGUGGCAAGUCAGCUUGAAACCUUAGAACCGGCACGAGUUAAGAGAGGUCUCGUGAAUGGACUGGGGACAGUAAUUAAAAGCAUCAGCGGAAACCUAGACCAGUCGGAUGCCAUUAACUAUAAUAACCUUAUCAAAACUUACAACUGAACCAGAAUAAAAUAGUUUCAGAGUUAAAUAGUCACGUGAGCCUAAGCAAGGAUUGGGCAAGUCGCCAAGGCAGUAUAUUAGACACCCUGGUGGAAAAUCAAAAGAAAAUUAACGCCACCUUAGAGGUAAUUUUAGAUAGUAAUGCUUACAGAGAAAAUAGUUUAAUUAAAUAUGCAAAAUUUGCCCAACUUUUAAUAAUUUUAAGCGAAAACGUGGAAGAUUUGAGCCAGGAGCUUUUAAGAAUAGAAAAUAGUUUAGCAUUUAUCCGUAGUUCUAGUGCUCAUCAUUCUAUGACAGAGAUUAGCGUUCUAAGAAGCAUGUUAGACAAGUUAAAAUUAUUAUACGGUAGCGAUAGAGUCCUAGACUUAGAGUUGCGAGAAUAUUAUGACAUAAUACGCCCGGGAUCCUAUUACACCGAUAGCGAAAUAGUAAUUACAUUUCAAUUUCCUAUAAUAGCGUCGGAGGUUUUCGACCUAUUUAGACUGUCCAUUGUACCCAAUCGAAACCAAGAAGUCCUCAUCCCACCAUAUCCCUUCCUAGCAACACAUGAGGAUUCAUUCAUGUACAUGGAGGCAGAAUGCCCGAAGUUUAACCACCACUAUGUCUGCGAGAAAGGAGCUAGCCUUCAACUUCGGACAUCACCAGACUGCAUCAACAGAUUGAUCAAGAAUGAAGACACGGAAGGAUCCUGCCAUCCCGCUACAGUAUCCCUGUCAAGGCCAGCCAUGGAGGAACUGGAUGGUCAACAUUAUAUCAUCUCACUUCCGCGACCAACGAAAAUACAAUUAUCCUGCAACAGAGAAGAUUUCACUACACUACAAGGAAGCUAUCUAGUUACUAUCCCACUGAAAUGUUAUCUACGAACAGCGGAGUUUACAAUCACCAACGACAAGGAUGUAAUAAAAGGACAUCCUAUAAAACUAGCCGACAUCCCCCGCGAAGCUAACGAUCAAGCUAAUACGGUACGCCCUCACAUCAGUCUGAAAUCCAUGGACCUCAAAGGACUACACGACGCCGAGAGUAACCUCAUAUUCGAGACUCCUCUCCAGUUGGAUGCGAGUCCGUCAAACACGUUAUACCACACAACUAUACCGCUGUACGUCACCCUAAUACUAGGUGCAGGCGCACUUACGUUCGCAAUCUUAAGAAAAUUCUACAGGCACCGUUCAACUGAAAUCUCACCAAAACCAGAGCCAAGUAGCAGAACACUCAACGACGGAGCCUCAGUAAACUUAGAGACACACCGAACCCAGGAUAAACUCCCGUCGAUAUUUUCACUAAACGUGGGAAAAUAAUCGCCGAUCUGUGGAUGGAGGAAUUACAUAUUGCACCAUAAGGACAACCACCGAGUCAGCUGCGCACGUUCACCGACCUGCCGCACGAGGCGCAAGAUCAGCAUAACACGACUUUACCUAACUAAUGCAAUUCUAUUAGCACGCACUCUUGAUUCAGACUUCGAACAAUUGUCAUCGCACUUAGGCUAUAAUUUUUGUAUCUUUGAUUUUAAUUAAAUUAGUAAUAAAAGUUUUUGGUUUUUUUUCGGACCUCCGA